AUGUUCCCAUCGCACAUUUCCAUUCCAACACGCACGAGUGCUACGCUGCCAUCAAGGGCAAGACGAAAUGGUAAGGACCAAAGAGUACGCAUGAGCUUCAUUGUUGACGAUGAACAAAGUCUAUACGGCGUAGGCCCACUCGAUGAUCAGAACGGAGGUAUCCAGUUUGAGAUGCAAGCCGGAGACAUAGCAGUUCAUGCAGCUGGUGUCGCUCAUCGAAACGUCGAGAGUAGCGACGACUACACAUAUGUCGGACUCUAUCCGAAAGGAUCGCCACACUGGGACAAUAAUCAUUGUAAUGAUGAUUUGGAAGUUACCAACGCUAAGCGUGAGCUGGCUGGAAGCGUUUUGAUACCGGACUAUGAUCCUAUCUAUGGUCGUGAUGGUCCGCUUCCAAAGAUCUGGAGGAGCGCAGCUUCCAAUGUCGCUCCUUGA